CUCUCUCUCUCUCUCUCUCUCUGGCCUUUUCGUUUUGCUUUCUUCAAUUCAAUUUGGAGAAGUAAAAAAAUGGCGAAGAAUGAGAAACUGUUGGCUUCACUGAUCGUAGAUAUCAAAUCAUACUCUGGAAAAGAUCAUCUUCUUCCCUGGAUCCGAGGUGUAAAGAAGAUGAAAGAGAGCUUGCCCACUCAGAUAUUGAACGAGAAGCUGCCGAGGUUUUUGCAGAAGUGUGCGGAGUCUUUUGAAUCUGAUAAGAGAUAUAAGAACGAUUCGCGUUAUAUUCGUGUUUGGUUGCAGCUGAUGGAUUUUGUAGACGAUCCAAGAGCUCUCUUAAGAACCAUGGAAGCAAAAAGUAUAGGGACCAAGAGGUCACUGUUCUACCAGGCAUAUGCUCUUCAUUAUGAGAAGAUGAAGAGAUUUGAGGAGGCUGAGAAAAUGUACCGUCUUGGAGUGCAAAACCUUGCAGAACCCAUGGAUGAGUUACAGAAAUCAUACUUGCAAUUCCUUAGUCGCAUGGAGAGGCACAAAAAGAAAAAAACACAGCGUCAGGAACAAAAACUGACUGGAAAACACGAGAAGGUUGAGAGGCAACAACAUGAGCCAGUGUUGAAUUUUGUUGAUAAAGCCAUUGUAGGAAAGCCUGAAGCAGAAAAUGCUUGCCAUCACGGUUUGGUGGAUCCCACAAUAAACAUGAAGGAAGCCAUGAAUGCAAUCAACAACAUGUUCAAAGAGCCUAUAGAAACUGCUCCACUUCAGAGAAGAUCACGACAAAUAAGUCAGAACAAAGAAAAUCAAGGAGGCAACAAUGGUUUUGAAGUUUUUGUGGACGAGAAUUUUGAAAGUGGAAAAGCAAAGACUGGUACUUCCCAGGGAUCCCAGUCUAAUCAAGAGUCCUUUGAGAUAUUCAUUGAUGAUGACAACGCUGAUGAGACUACGGAUGAAGAUGAUGAGGCUGGAAAAGCUUUUGUCUUUCUCCUACCAAGAGACCAUUCACCUGAAAGUUCUGAAGAAGCAGACAGAAACAGUCCUCCUCGGCCUAGAUUUAGAGAAGAUACAGUUGUUCAUAGAUUUGUUGGUUCAACCAUCUCCGAUGAGCCAGAAGCAGUUGAAAAUGCCUGCCACCAUGGCCUUGUUGAUCCUACAGUCAACCUAAAGGAAGCUAUGGAGGACAUAAACAACAUGUUUGGCGAACCAAUAGAUUUUGUUAGACCCAACCGCUCUAAAAACAGAGGAAAGGCAGUAGUAGAGACGAAACCAAAUCCUGCUGCUGGUUUCACAAUACUUGAGGAUGAUGAUGAUGAUGAUAAUGAUAAAGAAGUUGAGCAAGAACAUCAAAGGAAGAAUCAGCCAUCUCAGAUACCGCCUUCAAAAUCAGAUGAACAUGAACUAUUUGAGCCAACGGUGUGCACAAAAGUAGCCUUGGAUGAGAUCAAUAAAUUGUUCGCAAUGCCAAUGGAUUGCUAAGGAACAAGGUAUUUGGUUCCACUCUUGUCUUUCUCUCAUAACUUAUGCUUAGAAGCAGGCAAAGUUUGUGGUCGAUGUUCCUGCUUUGUAUCUCUGUUGUGUUGAUUUAUGAGAAAUCUUUGUUCUUGUUGUAACUUGCAGACAUUUGUGUCGUAAGGUUUGAGAUUUAAAAUGUUCA